CUCAAUCCUCCCCUGCUUUCCCGAAAACAAUCACAAUCAUGUACCUCCUCCUCGCCCUUGCCGCCACCUCCCUGGCGCUCCCCACCACCAACAAGGCCUCCGCCGACGACGACAUCCUCUUCCAGAACCUGCUGGCCGCCGAAUGGGGCAUCUACAGCUUCUACCAGCAGGGCGUGGAGGCCUUCUCCGCCGAGAACUUCACGGCCGCGGGCUUCCCCAACAACACGUACCAGCGCAUCACGGAGAUCCGCGACAACGAGGCCGGCCAUGUGCGCAUCUUCCAGGACUUGAUCACCGACGCGUCCGUCAAGCCGGGCCCCUGCAGCUACGACUACGACUUCGGGAACAGCGUGACGGAGUACCUGGCCCUGCAGACGUACCUCGAGGUGUCCAGCAUGGCGUUCCUGACGGGGCUGGUGCGCCAGGCCGUCACCAACGACACGCGGUCUGCCCUCGUCGCCAUCGGACAGAUCGAGUCGCGCCAUAACGCCUGGUCGCUGAUCGACGUGUGGGGGGUCUCGCCCUUCUCCGGGCCCGCGGACACCACAUACCCCUACCCGAACCACAUCCUCGAGCUGACGACCCUGUUCCUCACCUCCGGCUCCUGCCCCAGCCUGAACCCCGUGUACCCCAACCCCAAGCCCAAUCUGCCCUGGACCGAUUUCGUGCGCAACGGGACGACUGCCGCGCCGGGCGCCGAGAUCCAGCUCGAAUUUAUUGACGGGACCCCUGCCUUCGAGGACGACAAGGAGUACUACGUCGUCUACUUCCACGGGGUGAACAACAUCAGCGUGCCGUUCGACGUGACCUCGAAGAAGUCGACCAUUCCCGCCGAGUUCGAUCCCAAGGCCGGCGUGAUCAUCUUCGUGGUGACUGAUGAGGAGGGCGCGCCCACCGAGGAGAGUGUGCUGUCUCUGCCGGUGAUUCUGCUGGAGCAGCCGUCGGAGUUGACCUUGCUGAUCUAGAGGAUACUCUCUGCAAUUGAUAGGUCGAUCCUCUGGAUCAAAGGGGGGGUGGCGGUCAUGUGUAAUGUUCUUAAUAUCAUGUUUGUCUGUCUGUACUUAGCACGUUG